AUGUCGGGAGUUGAGAUCAACUUUUACCCCAUUGACACUUUGCAUGUACCACAGUGGAGCGAAAGCGUCCCUUAUACUGACGAUUGGAAAUUCAUAAAUGCAUUACUCCGGUUCGAUGAACGAGCAAGCUCCCCAAAGCACUUGGGACGAUGUACCUUGGUGCGACUGCCCGUUGUGCCGGAACUUGAGGGUCCAGUUCCAACUCCGCUGACCAUGCGGCACCCAUCCAGCCUGUGUCGAAAUUAUAACAAAGGAAAAUAUGGUUGGGGAAAUUCCCACGGAGCACAUGGAGGAGAAUUCCUCGCAACCUAUUUCGACUCGUCCGCCUCAGGACUCUCAUCCGGACUUUCCUCCUUCGAACCGCCUUACCUUUCCCCCGUCUUGGAUUCAUAUGGCUCCUCCUCCUUCCCAGCAGCCUUCUCGAUCGGUAAUAGACUGCCUUCGUGGGGAUUCUCCAAAAUUUGCCUGAAGAACCACGUCGGGGUGUAUGGCAAUCAGCAGGGCGAUGAGAACAACGAGGAUGCGGCAGAGAACGUAGAGGAAGAUGGCGAUUCACAUGAUUGCGGCGAAGGGGAUUCAGAUGUUCCGGGCUGUUUGCAGUUGGUCCAACGCAUUGUUGAUCUCUUUGGAGUAUGGCAUCCCCAUGAUGAGACACGGAAGGACAACGAAGAGGAAUUGAAGAGAUAUUUCUAG